UUUUUUUAGUUUAAAGGCAAAAAAUCUUUUAGUGUCCAUACCGUAACACAGUACUUUCUUUGCUUCCUCUAUCGUGUUAUCAUAUACCACGAUACAAUAUAGUACAAGUAUAACUUUAAUUAAAGAUUAUGCUUUUUGAUAGUACGAUAAGCAUUAGGUUAGUGAUUAUACUUGCAUGAAUGAUUGCUUUUAGAUAGCAUGUUGGAUCGUAACGCCGCUGAGGCGCUGGACUCCAACAACGAAGACACAGAAACAAUUUGCCUUACAAAGUUCGCGAAUAUUUCGCUUUGAAGUCUGAGUACAAUCAUUACAGUUACGACCAAAAUGUUUCUCUCAAAACUCGUCAGCUUUUUGGUUUUACUCUACAGUUUACCGGGUACUUUACAAACAGAAAACCCGGUUUUCGAAUUCACAAAGCCCGCUUAUUAUGCCACGGUACAGGAGAAAGCAGCAACCGGCAGCGCUCCUGUGCAAAGCGCUAUCAAAAUGGGGAUGUGGCUGUCCACUGUUACAGAAAGAGUUCGAUACUCAAUAGUCGGCGGGGGGAACACGUUCGAAGUCCGGCCAAGGGUCUCCGGCAACUUUAUCUUUAUUGACCUGCGUUCACGCACCCUCAGGAAAGAUAGGGAUGUACAAGUACGAGCAAUGUCGGCUGACCAAAGAUCUGAAACUCAGUGUACAAUCCAUGUUCAUAUUGUGGACGUGAACGACUUCCAGCCGCUAUUUCCCCCCAACCCUACCAUGUGUCUAUAGGAGAGGAUACCCCGAUCGGUGCAACCAUUACUGUGGUCACAGCUACCGAUUCUGACCGGGAUCCUGAGAACACGCGCUUCUACUACAGUUUGAAACAUAAUACUGGUAACUUCGCCAUACACCCUACUACAGGCCGUGUCACCUUAACUGGAGAAAUCAGCAGGAAAGCGCAGAGACAGCACUCUAUGCAAAUAACCGCCAUCGACCGCAAAGCGGCCUUGUCUGGGACUGCGAAUCCAACCGAAACUACCCUAACAGUAGAUGUGAGAUCCGUGAAUGCCCAUGCACCGAAAAUUCUCGUUACACAAUUGCAAACGUUAGAAAACCCAGCUGCAUUCACAGGAAAUCAAUUCAACAAAGUUACAUGCGCCACUUUGACAAUAACAGACCCAGAUAGUGACAAUCAUGGCGAAAUCGCCUUCACUAGAAUCGUUAAAGGCGACCCUGACGGUCUGAUCGAAAUCGAACCCGGAAAUGAACCGAACGAAAAACGACUUGUGUUUUCCAAGCGCCCACCACCCAUAAAUGCAGUUAUGAAUCUCACUGUUGAGGUAUCAGACAAUGGCACACCCCCACGCAGUUCACGAGUCGGCGUUCAAAUUCAGCUUUACGACCGCGAUUCGUUCGUUCCGAAAUUUACCGAGCCCAGUUUCCGUAUGCGAGUGAGUGAAGCGAGCCCACGACACACACAAGUCGGAUUCGUGAAUGUAACAGGCGAGUCAAACGCAGUUCGCUUUUCAAUCAUAUCUGGAAACGGCAGAAGGUCGUUUGAAAUUAACCCCCAUACUGGUUUAAUCACAACACAACGUCAUUUAGACCGAAAUGCAAAAGCAAUAUACACGUUAACAGUCGCAGCAACUAACGUGAGCCUUGUGUUGGGAGACGCACUCAAUACAACAACAGUUGUAAUUGAAAUUGAAGACGCGAAUGAUCAUGACCCACUGUUUACUGAUUCCACGUACAAAGUGGUGAUCCCGGAGAGCCUGCCUGCUGGUUCCUUUGUCAUUCAAGUCCACGCGGAAGAUAGAGACGCUGGAAACAACGGCAGCAUCCUUUACACGCUCGUGGGAAACCCUAGCGAGUUUAAGAUCGACCCAAUUAACGGCACGAUAUUAACUACAAAAAAGCUGGAUUACGAUUUAAUGCGGAGCUCGUAUAAACUACGAGUUCGAGCCACUGACAGCGGGACACCGUUCACGCGUAAGAGUGAAUGCUUUGUGAAGGUUACAGUAUCCAAUGUAAACGAUAAUGCACCUAUGUUCGUUGAAUCCGAAUGCUUGACAACGUUGCCACAAUCUUCAAACCCAGGAUCCCCGCUUGCGCAAUUAAACCCAGUUGAUAUUGAUCAUAACCCUUUUACCUGCAGCCUCUUAUCUGGAAACAGGGACCUGUUUGAGGUAGAAGAGUUAAACUGCUUGCUAAAGCUUCGUUCCAGGGUAGACCAAGAAGCGCUUGGCUCGCUUUUCGUUCUCCAAAUUGUUGCAACGGACGAAAAAUUCCAGUCGGAUCCGGUUUUUGUGAACGUUACUAUUUCGUCAUCAGAAAAGCUCGAUAAUAAAUGCAUAAAAUCCGGAAGAGUACAGGAUUAUGAGGAAAGCCUUAACCAGCACCUUUUAAAUCCCGGACGUGACGUCAGAGUGACGUCAAAUGUGAACAGAACCUCCCAAAUACCGAACAAGUACCGUCCACAAAUCAGACCAGAAGGUAAAUGGAGUAACGUGCUUAUACCAGAAGACAAACCAAUAGGUACUGUCGUCACUAAAGUCCAAGCAGUCGAUAGAGACAACGGGUUUAACGGGAAACUAUGGUACACGAUCACAAGCGGCAACGGAGAUAGUUGCUUCAAUAUCAACACUCAAACCGGCGUCAUUUCGAUCGUAAAACUGCUGGACCGAGAACGAACAAGCCGCUACAAUCUAACAGUAUCCGUGUCGGAUAUGGGUUCGCCAACUAAGACUGCAUUCACCAAAAUAACAAUUAUUGUCGCCGACGUUAAUGAUAACCCUCCCGUAUUCGGACAGACUCGGUUCAAGUUCAGUUUACACGAAAAUGUGACCGUAGGUUUUGUAAUACAGCAAAAUAUAUGGGCGUCUGACCUUGACGAGGGUCGGAACGCAAAUAUAUCUUAUUCGCUAUCAUCAGCUGUCGGGGGAAAUAAGUUCGCUAUUAAUAAAACAACCGGAUUUAUAAAAGUGAUGGAAUCUUUGGACAGAGAAGAUGUUUCAGAAUAUAAGUUGACAGUCAUCGCAAAAGAUGCAGGGGAGCAUCCUCUUUCGUCCUCCGCGUCUGUUCUUAUCCAUGUAGCUGAUGUAAACGACAAUCCUCCACGCUUCCAUCAAGAUGUCUUCCGGAUCAAAGUCACAGAGGAUCUGCCGGUCGGUACUGUCGUCUUCCGGCUCCAAUCUUAUGAUCCAGACAUGCCCGAGCACUCCGAGGUCCGGUACUCACUAACGGCGGGGAUGUCGGACCACCAACGCCGCGGAGAACCGAAGUUUAACGUCGAUCCUCGGACCGGAUACAUCCGUAUUUCAGCCAAAUUGGAUUACAGAGUCAAAACUCGGUACAACAUUACAGCUCGAGCCAGAGACAGAGUAUACAGAGUCGCUACAUGCUACAUCGAAGUAGAGAUUCUGCCUGUAAACAGAAACCUUCAUGCGCCGUACUUUAACCUUCCGGAGGAUAAAUUUGAAGUCCUUGAAAGCGCUGAGAUCGGGAAGACGGUCGGAAUAGCUUCAGCCGUCGACGAUGAUAUAGGCGAACCUGAAAACUCAAUCGGAUAUUCAAUAGUGGACGGCACCGGACUUGGAAUUUUCGCCAUAGACGAAAAUACUGGCAUAAUCACCACAAGCCGACAGCUCGACCGAGAAACUGAGAGGUUCUACUGGUUAACAAUAAAAGCUACUGAUCGUGGUGCUAUCCCACUAUCAGGAACUAUGUUUGUUCUUGUUGAGGUCGGAAACAUCAACGACAAUGCUCCAAUUGCAACCCAGCCAAUUUUCUUCGCAAGCAUACGAGAAAAUUCGCCGCUCGGCAGCCAGGUUGUUCAAGUACAUGCUGUUGAUUUGGACGGCGACCAUGACACCAUACAGUACAGAAUGAGUGUUAACAACACAUAUUUCAAAAUCAACACUUCAACAGGAAUUAUAACAACUAAAAAAAGGAAGCUGGACCGAGAACGAAUUUCAGCACAAGACAUGAGAUUUGAGGUUCUGAUCUCGGACGGCGGUGAACCUCCUUUAUCGUCCUUUGCAAAAGUAGUUGUGGAACUAAUAGACGAAAAUGACAACCCGCCAAAGUUUAGAAAUAUUGAAUCCUUGCUUCAAAUACCUGCACGCAAUCGAACCCGAAUGCCCGUUGAAGUAGCACGGGUGGUCGCCUAUGAUAAAGACGAAGGAAGAAACGCCAAAAUCAAGUAUAAGAUAAACGGAAACAGUCGAUUUAAAAUCAAUCCAAACAAUGGAGUGAUCACCACGCAGCAAGGAUUUAAAGAAGGAACCAGAAGUGUAAUUAAGGUCGUCGCAACUGAUAACGGAAACCCAGCUCGCCAUUCGAAACAUAAACGAGUUGACAUACACUGGACGGGACAGCCUUUAAAUUCACUGCUUCCUCCAAAAAUCGCUCCCAACUCAGUGGCUGAUGUACUGAUAUUCGAGACUGUGGAAAGACAGUUCCGCGGAAGUCAAGAGCAGACUAAACUGGUUACACUGGUCAAAGCUACGGAUGAGGACUCGGACGAAAUACGCUUCAUGAUCAUGGCGGGCGACGACGAUCGUAUGUUUCACCUGAACAGUCAAGACGGGUCAUUAGUAACGGCUGGUUAUCCAGACGCUGAAAUCCAGAACUUUUACAACUUAACAAUUUGGGCGUCGGACGGUUACAAUAACGAUGUAGCAAAUAUUGUGGUUCGAAUUGGAGACUUGAACGACCACCGACCCGUUUUCGAUCAAGCCGUAUACGAGCACACAAUAUCAGAGAACACCACAGUCGGUACAAUGGUGUUCCAAGUCACGGCCACGGAUGGUGACAUCGAACCGAGACAGAAUGGGAACCUCAUUUACCGAAUAUGGAGUAGUGUGCAUUCUACUAGUCAGGACAAAUUCCGCAUAACUUCAGAUGGUGUAAUCUACACACAAGGGGAACUAGACAGGGAAGUACAGAGGGAACAUAUCUUUAUAAUAGAAGUCGACGACCAAGGCUCUCCUUUCUCAUUACAGGGUUAUUGUCGUGUCGUUAUUACCAUUGGAGAUAUAAACGAACACGCACCCCGUUUUACUGCGAGCAGUUACUCUGGAAUUAUAACUGUUGGAGCAGCGGACCAGACCACUGGAGCUGUUGAUAUGAAAUCAUCUAGUGUUGUAACUGUACGGGCCAGUGACCAAGACACGGGAAUGAAUGCUAAGAUAGAAUACUCAAUUGUCGAAGGAAACGAUGACGGUCUUUGGAGAAUAGAUCCCAGUUCUGGCGAAAUAUUUCCAACUGAAACUCUUACGGCGCACGAAAAUAUUCAGCCGAUGGUUCUGACCGUUCAAGCUAGUGACAGCGCUACGACGCCACUCAGCAGUACCGUAGAGGUAACCAUACAAGUCAGACACGACGAUUCAGCGCCACCGAAGUUUGAAGCUGACGAAAUCACUGCAAACCUUGAUGAAAACUUACCAAGCGGAAGCUAUGUCACCACUGUGAAAGCAAGUGCACCAUUUGGUGUUACAUAUAUGAUUUCUAUGGUCAAUGAUGAUGAACCUGUAUUUUCCAUCAAUGCCCAUUCUGGUGUCAUCUCAUUGGUUGGUGCACUGGACCGUGAAACGACAUCAUCAUACAUUUUCAAUGUGACAGCAGUGACAACUGAAGGAACAACAUCAACAACAACAAUUAAUGUCAACAUUAACGAUAUAAAUGAUAAUAGGCCUGAAUUUGAAAAACUGAGAUAUUCUGGCUCCGUUUCUGAGUCCUCAGGAUCGGCUGCAUCUUCCUCAAUAGAUGGGAUCAGUGGUCCUCUUAUAGUUCGUGCAUUAGAUAAGGACAUAGGUGACAACGGCAGGGUCAGAUACUCCAUCGCAGAAGCCUCAGACGAGAUUCAUGAGCGUUUCAGUGUUGACCAAUACACCGGUGCUGUUCGCACUAAAGCUGGAGCGAAUUUGUUUGAUUACAGCAUUGUGCAACACUAUUCUUUUGAAGUUAAAGCAUCUGACAUCGGCAGUCCAACUUUAAGGUCCAGCAGAAAUGCUGAAGUUACAGUCAACAUUAUAAGAACAGGCAUCUCUUCACCCAAAUUCUCUAAAAGCCACUACAGCUCCAAUCUGUACUUGCCAACAUGUAAUGGUGUGGUCAUAAGCCAAGAAAUUUCUGCUUCAUAUUCUGACCCAUUUAACCAAAACAAUGUCACAUACUCUAUUACUGGUGGCAAUGUUGGCAAUGCGUUUUCAAUUGAUUUAACUACUGGUGCAGUUACUGUAAGUGACUCUUCUGACAUGCAAAAUCAGUAUGCACUUAGACUGCAGGCGUCUGAUGGUAUUAGAAGCACAGUCACAGUGCUAACUGUAAUGCUGCACAAUCUGGAAAGCCAACUCAGUUUCUCCAAAGAAAUAUAUGAAGCAGAAGUUAUGGAAAGUUCUACAGAGAUUGAACCAGUUGUUGUGGUGACUGUAGCUGGUUUGGAGCUUGAAGACAACAUUAGGUUUACUAUUCUUAACCCAACUCCGCACUUUAAAAUUGGCAUCACAUCUGGUAUUAUUGAAACGACUGGUGUACCUGUGGACAGAGAAUCAAAUCUUGCUUAUGAGAUCCUUGUUGAAGCAGUUGAUGUAAACAUGCCACAAAAUGGUGGUCAAGUAAGAAGAGGCCGAUGUAUUGUCAAUGUAACAAUCAAUGAUUGUAAUGAUAACAAUCCCCUAUUUGUUGGCUUGCCAUAUUACUCAACUGUACAAGUUGAUGCCCUACCCCACACAUUCGUCAAACAGGUCCAUGCUAUAGAUGCAGAUACAGGUUUAAAUGGCCAAGUAACAUACACUCUCAGUGGUUCAUAUUCUGAGUUAUUUACCAUUGAUCCAGUAACAGGGAAUAUUACAGUCAGUCUCACACCCGCUGGUGUAUUAGGAAGCAACAAUGCUAAUUUCAACAUCACAUUAACAGCAACUGACAUGGGCACCCCAAAACGAUCCGGGACUUCAAAUCUUCGAAUUUCUCUCGUCAACCGAGCCACGCCAGUCUUCACCAUGCCAUUCUAUGAUGAAAUAAUGGUACCAGAGGAUGCAAAGCUUCACACAGUAGUAACAUCUGAUGUGUUGGCUUCAAGCCCAGAUGGUUCAGAUGUGUAUUACACCAUAGAAAGUGGUGACCCUCUGCAGUUAUUUGAUAUUGACUUUAUUGGAGGUACUAUUACCACCAUGGGCAGCCUGGACUUUGAAAAAAGAAACCAUUACCAGCUCCGAGUUAGGGCAAGGGAUGCAGCGUCAAGAGCAUACGCAGAUGUGGAAGUUACACUCCGAGUGACGGAUAUAAAUGACAAUGACCCAAUUUUUACUGAGAACGUUUACUCACAUACUUUACCCGAAUAUACAAGAGUAGGAACUCAAGUGGCAAAGGUUGAAGCAACUGAUGCAGACUCCGGAGCAUUUGGUUCCCUCUCCUACACCAUCCUCCCUGGCUCCGAGGAUGUUGGGAGUUUAUUCCUCAUCGAUUUAGAAACUGGAGUAAUCUGGACAGCGAGCAAUUUAGACGCAGAAACAAAAUCUGAAAUGGAAUUUGUCGUCAGAGCUUCUGAUGGCGGUUCUCCGGCCCGGUAUUGUGAUGUCACAGUGAGGGUCAUUGUAAACGACGUCAAUGAUAACCCUCCCAUAUUUGACCAGAGCGUGUAUGAGUUCUUCAUUAGUUCAGAGGCAAAAGCUCAGAGUUUUGUUGGAAAAGUGUUGGCUUCAGAUCCUGAUGUGUCUGACAAAAAUAAAAUCAGAUAUUCUUUGAGGCAAACAAGCGAUGGGAUGCUAGAAAUUGAUCAACCAACAGGCAUUAUUACUCUUGCUUCCACUAAUGCUUUCAAAGACAUUGCAAAAGUUUAUGCGAAUGUAUCAGCUACAGACGGUCUAUUUACUACCACAGUGGAUAUUAUGGUUCAAAUCAAUACACAAGAUACAUCACCUAAUGCAUUGUUGUUUGAUCAACCUGCAUAUAACUUCACAAUAGAGGAAAAUCAGGCUGCAGGAUCAAUCGUUGGCACUAUUGGUGCACAAUCAACCAGUACCGCAUCAUUUUCGAUGGAAAGCGAAAAUUUUAAUUCUGAUUUGUUCACCAUUCACCCAAAUUCUGGUGUCAUCACAACCACACAGAGUAUUGACAGAGAAACAAUAGCAGUUGGACAUAAUGUUGCUUUGGUUCAAUUCUACAUCACAGUUACAGAUGAAAUUGGUCAAAUAAACAGAACAUUAGUCUCUGUGAAGAUUACAGAUGUAAAUGACAAUCCACCAGUUUUCUUGCAAAGUAGUUAUGGAGCUGUACUUGUGGUAACAGAAGCCGAACUGUAUUCUAAAGUCUUACAGGUAUCGACAAAUGAUUAUGAUUAUGGGGUGAAUGGUAGUGUGAGAUACUCCAUAGUUGAAGAUCUAAACACAGCUAAAGAACUUUUAACACUGGAUAUGGACACUGGGGAACUAACACUACGACAAAACCCACAAAGACUCAGAAACCGUCAAGUUUUAAGUUUCUUUAUAAGAGCUACUGAUGGUGGAAGUGUGGAAAAACUAAGAAGUUUGACUUCUGUUUCAAUUUAUUUGACAAGUCAUCCUGAGUCAGUACCAAUAUUCACACAGGAUGUUUAUGAAGCUACUAUUGCAGAGAACCAAGUCAGCUCAAAUUUAACUACAGUCAAAGCAAGUGCAAAUGGUACAGAGAUAAUAUACAAGUUGGCACACCAUUUCAUUGACUCUUCUCUUGAAACAGAGGAUGAUUAUGAAUAUGCUGAAGAAGACAUGAUAACUGAACCACCCAACAUAACAACAGAGCUUUACCCUGAAGCUGACAUGUUUAGUGUUGACUCUGUAUCAGGUCAAAUAUCAUUGCUUAACCCAGUGGAUAGAGAACACAAAUCAUCAUAUGAAGUUACAGUACUUGCAUUUGUCAAAACUACCCCAGAACUUGUAGCUUCAGCUAAGGUGCAAAUACGAAUAACUGACGUGAAUGACUAUUCUCCCACAUUUAUGUCAUCCAAUUAUGAAGUGUCAAUCACUGAAGGACUACCAGCUGGUCAAAAUGUUGUACAAGUACAUGCUGUUGAUAAGGAUAAUGGAGAAUUUGGCAAAUUUACUUACAGCAUAAAGUCAAGCCCCACCAACAACAACACAGACUUUUUCUCUAUCGAUCCCAAAACCGGUUUAAUCCAGUCAUUACUGCCUCUGGAUCGGGAAAUCAAACCGUUUUACACCCUUACUGUACAAGCAAUUGACUUGGCUGGCAACAAUGAUACAACUAGUGUUAAUAUUAAUGUAGUCGACAUUAAUGAUUCUCCACCUGAGUUUUCUGGGAAUAGAUACACAAUCACUAUAUCAGAAAGUGUCGAUGUGGGGUAUUUGACCAGAAAAUUUUUGCGAAUUUCUGACAAUGAUACCUCGCUAAGUACCAAUAUUCAAGUCUACAUAACAGUUGGUAACUCAGAUGGAAAAUUUGCAGUUGUAACUAAAAGUCAAAAACAAAAGAAUCUUGUAACUGCUGGCCUGCAGGUGGUAAAAUCGCUAGACCGUGAAGACAAAGACCAUUAUGAGCUCACAAUACUAGCUACUGAUGGCUUGUAUACAGAUACAACAGUUGUUCAUGUAACUAUUGGGGAUAUUAAUGACAAUGCACCUGAUUGUAGCCAGUUGGAAUACAGAGGUUUUGUUCGUGAGGAUGCAGCAACUCAGACAUUAAUUCUCAAUAUUUUAUCUACGGAUGCUGAUAUAGGAGAAGCUGGCCGUGUUAGCUACCAGUUAACAGGAACCGGUUCUGACCAGUUUAAUCUGGAUCCUCGUACAGGCGAAUUGCGAACUGCAAGGGCACUGGACCGUGAAAUAACAUCAGAAUAUUCACUCACUGCUAUUUCUAUAGAUGGUGGGGAUAAGCAGUGCAUUAGCAAGGUCCACAUAACUGUUGAGGAUAUAAAUGAUAACCCUCCUAUAUUUGUUUCAACAUCACUGAGGCAUUCAACACGUGAAAACACGCCAACUAAUUCAUCUCUGCAUAGAGUGGUUGCUUUUGACCCAGAUCAAGGUUUAAAUGGCUCAGUUACAUACCAGCUUCGAGAUAAUAUGAACAACCAGUUUAGUAUCGAAUCCAAAACCGGUGUGUUGGUUUUGAACAAACCACUUGACAGAGAAACAGUUCCUUCUUAUCAAAUCGAGAUCAUUGCAAUUGAUGACGGCACAAUGCGAAUGUCCACCACUGAUAUUCUACAUCUACAAAUACUUGAUGUGAAUGACAACCCUCCGAUUUUUGACUUAAACCAGUACAAUACUGAGUUUCGUGAAGAUGCCAGUGUUGGCUUGGUAGUAUUACAAGUUUCAGCACAUAGUAUUGACAGUGGUGCAAAUGCAAAACUACGUUAUUCUAUCACACACGGAAAUGAACAUGGAAAAUUUGUAAUCAAUCAGGACAGUGGUGAAAUUCGUCUCAUUGCAACUGUAGAUUACGAGAGUGACCAAAGCUAUGUGCUCACUAUAUCAGCAGCAGAUAGAAGUUCAAAUCCUCUAUCUAGUGAAUGCACAGUUCGCAUAGCAAUUAUUGAUGUGAAUGAUAAUGCACCUGUUUUCACUGCCACCAGUUAUGAGAUUGAAAUAUCGGAAGACGCUGAAAUUGGGCGAACAGUUACUACAGUUUCUGCUACAGACAAGGACAGUGGGGCAGCUGGCAAUAUUACAUAUACCCUUGGUUCUAAUACAUCCCCAUUCAAAAUUCACCCUGUAACUGGUGCAGUUACAAUUACAGAGCCAGGAAUCGACUAUGAGACAAAACAGUCGUUUUCCAUCCAAAUUUUCGCAACUGAUCACGGCUUACCCGCUCAAAGUGCUGAAACUACUUUAGUGGUGACAGUCACAGAUGUCAAUGACAACCAACCGACAUUUAUAGUUACACCCCCUCCCAAUGCUGAUAGUGGUAGUGUCCAAUGUUCGGAAGAUGCCACAAACUGCACAGUAUUUGCACAUGAGAGCUCCAGUAACUCUGUUGUGCAUGGUGUUGUCAGUUUGAAUGCCACAGAUGCAGAUGGUGUUAACAAUGGACAACCUUUUAGAUAUCGAAUCAUGCCUGGAGCCUCUUCAGAUCUGUUUUACUUGGAUGAUCAAAAUGUCCUCAAAUCUCGCCAACCAUUGCGACUUAAUGACGCAUCCCAGAAUCUCAACUCCCAAAGAUUAGUACAUCAGUUGUCAUUGGAGGUGAAGGAUUCAGGAUCCCCGGCUCCUCUCACAUCCGCUCCUCUUCUUCUGAACAUCAUUGUGCUCAAGGAAAGCCAGUAUGCUCCACAAAUGACUUCUCAUUAUAUCCACGUCAGUGUGUUUGGAGAUGAGUUCUGUGGAGGUCAAAUCACUCAGAGCUUACACGCCACCGAUCGGGACCUAUUUGAUGAAGACAGACUUCGUUUCUCUCUAGCGACACCUGACGACUUUGAAAGGUUUUUAAUCUACCCCACCAGUGGCGCUAUCAUCUCAGAAUCUCCAUUGCAAACUGGCACGCAUGAUAUAUCGGUUCGUGUUAGCGAUGGAAGCCGUUUUAACGUGGCAGCCAUACCGGUUAAAGUGACAGAAAUAACACAGCUUGCACUUGAAAACAGCGUCUCCAUCUCAUUUGUUGGUAUACAAGAUAAGGAGCAAUAUCUUGCCUUAUUUCACUCACUCUUCAUUGACCAAUUGUCCGUUAGUGUUCUUCCAAAUGGAUUUAACAGGGAAAGAGACUUGAUAGUGAUUUCGUUACAGUCAAUUGAAGAUAGAGUUGAAUUGCUAUUUAGUGUGAAAAGGCCGCCACCAGAUACAUUUUCACGAAGUUUUUAUCAAUCAAAACGACUGAAAUCAAGCUUAGAAACCAACCGAGAACUCAUUGAAGAAAAACUAAGAGUCGAAGUUUUUAGCAUUGAAGGUACUUCUUGUAGUAACAUCCAAUGCACGCAAGGAAAAAAGGCAAAAUGCAGACAAGUGCCUUCAUUAAUCCCAUACAGUAAAACCAACCCUUCUGACCCAGUUUCGUCAAUCAGUUGGUCACUUGUCACCCCAAAAUUCACCCGUCAAAGCGAAUGUAUUUGCCCACCUGGAACAGUAAGCCCAACAUGUGAGCCUGCGUGCUCAGAUACACGAAACCCGUGCUCUGAUGGCCUCUUUUGCACUCCUGACCUGACAGAACCUAACAAGUAUAGAUGCUCCAACCCAAUCCUACUACCUUCUGUUAUGUCUUUUAAUGGAAAAUCUUCUGCAAAUUACAAACUCAGCCGCAAUAUGAGACAUACACCUUUCAGAGUAAAUUUACGAAUCCGUACAUUCCAAUCUAAUGCAACUUUACUAUACGCCACUGGCAACCAAGACUUUGCCCAUUUGCAGACCUUUAAUGGUUUGAUAAAAUUUUCCUUUGACUGUGGAAGUGGUCCACAAUUUAUAGUCCGAGACGCAGUAAAAAUAAAUGAUGGACACUGGCACGACAUCAAUGUACAAUCAGUCAGUCAACAGAACUCACCCUGUGGAUUCCAAAUUACUGUCGAUCAAAUAUACACAUCUCGGCUCUUAGCAAGCACUGGCCGUCCGAAUUUGGACCUAACAGAUGUCACAUUAGGGGAAUUCCCAGGCCAAGCAAGAUCAAAGCGGAACAAGAGAUCAAGAGAGCAGGAAAACAACAUCCGGAGCGGGUUCAGAGGAUGUUUGGAAGAUGUGGAAGUAAACGAGGUUGAUUUCAUCAAUCUUCCUCCCAACAGCAAGACAUCAGGGAUCACUUUGAUCUCACUGGAAGAUGUGGAGAACAGCUGUAUGGAAAGAGUUGUUACAAUGGGAGCAUGUAUGAAGAACCCAUGUUUAAAUGGUGGCAGUUGUUUUCCUGCUGCCGAUGGCCACCAUAGAUGUGACUGCCUGUCUAACUUUGUUGGUGACCGUUGUGAAGUGCUAAACCCUUGUGGUGGUGAGCCAUGUUUAAAUAAUGGAAGGUGUCUUGCUACAGGACGUGAAGCCAGCUGCCGCUGCAAGCCUGGAUUUAGUGGUCACUUUUGUGAGGUGUUUGCUGGUUGCAAAUCAAAGAAAUGUCAGAAUGAUGGAUCUUGUGUAAUGGAUAGCAGAAGCCAUGCAUCGUGCUCAUGCAUGAGGGGUUGGUCGGGCAAGCAUUGUGAGAAGAAUGUUAAUGAAUGUCUGACACCAUUGGGAUUGAAAACAUGCGGGAAGCUGGAGCAUUGUUUCGACUAUCCUGGUGGUUUCGCUUGCAAUUGCUCAGCUAGUGGGGAUGUUGCACAAGAUACAAGAUGUAAUGCAUACCAUGCACACUUGAAAACUGCUCCUAGUGAGGCAGGUCUAGACAUGCCCACUAUUAUAGCUAUCAUUGUGAGCUUUGUGGUACUGGUGGCCAUUAUAAUCAUUGUGGUUUUGCUAAUACGUCGUCGUAGAAAAAAAACGAAACAUUACAGAAGGGGUAGCCAUCGGAGCAAGGAAUUUGAACUUACAAAUAGUUUUAAUCCAGACAGUAUAAGGGACCAACAUCCACCCCCACCAAUACCAAGCCCACCAACUGGUUAUCGACCAACAUCUCGUGAAAUGUAUGGUUACGACUCCACCAACCAUAUUGAUCAAGAGCAGCGUAGACCUCUGUUCUGCAGAGUACAACCACAACCUGUAAGUCCAUCAUCUGUGUCAGAUAACGACUCUAUAAAAAAACCACCAGCUUCGUGGCAGGACUAUGACUCACAUAAGUUUAACGGUUCGGCGUCUUCAGUUCAGACCAACUACAAGACCAGUGGCAUUUCUAUCAAUGAACAACAAAAUUACGAAUGGGACGAUAUGGUCCCCCCGCACCUUCCGUCCUUUGGAACCCGGUCCCACGGUGGCGCCAGCGAUGUGCCAAGCUCACCCGACUCGCGAAGGAGCGUCAGCAGUCAUGCCUCGCGUCGCAGUCGUCGUAGCGACCGCUCCAACGCACUCCCCGGACAUUACUCGAGCAGCGCCAAGCGACGCAGAGAAAAACAACUCUUCCAGAUGAUCGAUACACCGAUGAGGCCAGAAGACAAGAUGCGAGUCCAGCAAGUCUUGAAUGAAAUAAUGAACGAAAACGCUGAAAGUCUUCGUGGAAAAGACAGUCGUAACAGCAGCAUCCGUAGCUCUUCUUCCCGAUAUCGACCGUCUCUUCCUCGCAACGAGCCGCUUCCUCCCCCGCCUCCGGAGCCUGUCUCCCCAACUCCCUUGGAGGACUCCUAUCCUGCUCAUCAGCGGAAGACAACCUGCUCCACAAGUGAUGAACCCAUGUCAUCUUCGUCAUGUCGCCCCUCUGGAUCAGAUUCCGACUCCGCUCCUAGGUCCUCCGGAUCAGAAAGACUCCCACCCCCUCCCACUGAUCAUGAACUUCGAGUUCUACAAGAAGAAGAUGAGGACACAGAACUGGAUGCGGACCUCCCACCUCCUCUCGCUAACGAAUCUUACUCCUCGCUCCUCGGAAGACCUUUUGAUAUAGGAGUACCAACUCCUGCCGCAGUCCGGAGCACAAAAUUUCAUCCGGAUCAGUAUCUUUACCGCCAUCACCCCUCAGACAUCAGUGAGACAUCAGGAUCAAUCCCUGGAAGCUCUUUAAGUCUUGAUGUUGCAGAUUUAAACCGAAGAUUGAUGAUUAAUGGAGCAAAUCAACCCCAGUAUUCACAUUACCUCCCAGAACCCACCCCACCCCCACCACUCAGACAUGACAGUGAACGACUGGAAAUGUCAUCAUUAUCCGAAGCAGAAGAAGAUGAUGAACUUAUCCCGGCCCCAGACCAGCGCCAGAAACGCCGCUACAUCAGUAACGGUCGUCCUCCAAUUGAUCCCAAAUCCCGAUCUUCCCGUCGCCCAAAAAAGUCCGGAAACAGAAGUUACAAAAGAACUGAAAACCCUCGUCCUCUUCAAGUAGAACAACAUAAACUCCACUCAAAUGAAGCCUUACCAAGGGGAAACUUCUUCAGGCCUGUAAGCAGCGAAAUAGGUUACAUUGAUGACGCCGGCGGAAAUGACAUCACUCUCAUCUGAUCUGCUGCUAACGUCAUUGGGAAUUCCCCGCUUUUAUUAUCGCCACCAAACGCUGUUAACUUAUUCUACGCGUAAAGUUUUACUCGCGCCUGUUUCCACUGUGCAUACAGUAACCGGCACUCGCCAAGUAACGUACUCAUAUAAAAAGAGGCUGGCGUACGACCACAGCCUCGUACACUACAUUUUUACCCCAACAAGACAUUUUUACAAGUUUCACGCAAGUCUAAUUAUAAGUUGUAGUUCAUUUCGUUAUUUUUCGUACUAUUUUCGUUAUAUUUUGAUGUAAUUAUGUUGGGUGAUAGCCCUACUUCAAACACCUGCUGUAUGAACAACUUUGGGUUCUAUGCUAAAUGUACAAUGUAAGCUUCGCUAUAAUCUCGUUUUAAUGAUUUCCACGCAUAGCGUAUUCUUGAAGCUUUGCAAAUAAAACAAAUCGAUAUGUAA